AUGUGGUCGGACGCUGGGGAUCCAAAAACUUCCACAAUGUCAGGAAUAAAAGUCCAAUUCAUGACAGGUCCAGAUAUUCAGCAAGUUCCAUUAUUAAUUCUUGCAGAAAAUUUGCCAAACACCGCAACAUCUUUAAAUUUUAUUGUUCCAGCACCCAGCUCAUUAAGAUAUCCUCCAGGCAAAAUUUAUUUUUUGAUGUUUUCGGACCCUGCAAAACCUGGUGUAGGAGUUAGUUGGAGUACCAGGUUCACUGUGCUUGAAGCUGGUAAUAGUAAUCCGCCCGCAAAUUAUACUCCGGGAAGUCCCUGGACCUUCACUAUGUCCCCGAAUGCUCCUGCAACACCUACUCCUGUAUUUACACCAACACCAACACAACAAGCUCCAGAUCCGGCUGCGCUGACUCCUUCUGCAAGUCCAUCUCAAGCAACUAUGAUACCGCAAGAACCUGCGCAUAGUGAUGUAGCUGCUUCGCCUAGUGACGCAUCUGAUUCAUCAUCAUCUAAACCCUCUACUACUCCGAAAAAGUUGGUCGUUGGAUUAUCGGGUACACAGUUAACCAAGUUUGGAUCCCUCCUAUAA